ACAGAUUCUUCACGUGCCUUGCCCUGUUUUUUCCAAAAUUAUUUAUUCUCCUCUUUUCGCUUUUUCUUAUUAUUUUUAAUUAAUUUUAAUUCUGGGGUUUGUGUUUCUUUGUGGGUAAAAAGAUUCUCGGCAGUUACGUUUUCUUGACGGUGGGCGCAGUAUAUAUUGCGAGGGCCGUCUCUUUGUGAAGCCCACAAAAACAACAAGAAAAAAGAAAAACAGAGCAAGAGAGAGAUUUAGAGAGAUUUCGAGAGAGAGAAAUGGAGGGAAGAAAGAAGAAAUCACUCGCGACUGAUCUUUUUGGGGAGAAAGAUUCUCCCCCAACUGGUUCUACUUCUGAGAUUUUGGGCUCCAUUUUUGGGAAUCCUCCUAAUAAGGUUUACAGACGCGAAAAUCCAUCCGAAACCGAGAAAGGCACUGCGAAUCCAGCUUGGAAUGCGAAAAAUGAAAGCNAUAGCAAUGCUGUAGUUGGUGAAGGCCAAGCUAGCAAAUCCUCGAUUAACUCGCAUUUUCUCGAUGAAAAAACGCCGCCUUUUCAUUACAGCUCGUCGAUUUACUAUGGUGGCCAAGAUAUCUAUCAUCCACCUCCCGAGCCUGCAAAAACCCCGGUGUUUAGCACCUUCAACAAGGAUGGAGGAGAAGAUGACCCGGGCACUGCUUCACGAGGCAAUUGGUGGCAGGGAAGAUAUAUAUAUGUGUGUAGAUCAAGAGCAGCAGUUUAUUCUCCUGCUUUUUUCGAAUAUGGGAGAUGGAAAAACGAAUAUAUCAUACGGUUAUAGUUGAAAGACAGCUUACUUUUGUCUUCCGCCGUUUGGUGACUUAACUAAUAUUAAGCAUUUUAGCUAUUUUCGUAACUUUGUGUGCGUUUUCGGUUCUAAAUAAAAAGUUGAGAGAUAUAUUAGUAUAAAGUAUAAACUCUCGGCUCGUGUGUUGUAAUCUUUUGGCCAAGACUCUUAAUUAGCCAAAUCGUAUGCGUGUUUUCUGUUUAGUCGGUUUGCUUUUCGACUUGUUUUAAGUGAAUAUAUAUAUCUUAAUGUUUUGAUUUGUGUUGUGUUGAGAUCAUUACAUUUGCAAUCUUGUAUCGAUCGAUAUAUCAACUGUCAGCUACUUUUUCUCGUUCUUUACAUGUCAUGUUUCUUCAGAUUCCGAUCAGU